AUUUGAUUUAGAUUUCGGCUAAGUCCAAGGAACAUUAGCUCUUCCUGCCAGUUGUUUAUUUGACUCAGAUCUUUCGGCUAGGUUCAAGGAAUGUUAACUCUUUCUGCCACAUUUUAAUGUUUUGUGUGAGCCCAUCCUGAUUAUAAAUUUAAAGACUGAAUGGCAGGGUGGGAUAAGCAGGAAGGUUUGAUUUUCUGCUUGUGUGGGGAAGACUUCAAUUGACUUCUCACACAGAGGAUUUGAGAAAUUGAAACUAAAGUUUUACUUGGGAAAUCGAAAGCUACGAACAUGAGACUAAGGCAGAGCUAUCUGUGAUGCUAUUGGCUAUCUGUCAUUAGCCAUUCCCACUUCAGAAAGCUUCUUAAGCCACAUGGAUGGAUGCUCAGUGUACACAAAAUCUCAGGUAAACCAGAACCAACAUGGGUCUUCUAAUUGGAGCAGCUCUCGGACUGGGUGGUGCAGUAAUCGGUGCUCCACUGAUCCUGGGAGCCGUGGGCUUCACUACCGCUGGAAUUGCAGCAGGAUCACUGGCAGCAAAGAUGAUGUCGGCUGCUGCCAUUGCCAGUGGUGGUGGCGUGGCCGCUGGAAGCUUUGUUGCCAUUGGACAGUCAAUUGGUGCUGCAGGGCUGUCUCUCGGUACCACAGCCGCCAUGACAACUACUGGUGCAGUACUGGGGCUCCUGAUAUAAGCAAAAUCUGCAAAGGAGUUCACCACAUCAUUUAGAAGACCAGCACUUAAUACAUGUUGUCUGUUAACUAAGAAGUUUAUUUGCUACUAACAAAUAACUGAUUUAUCUCAAUCAUAAUCUGAAUGAAUUUCACAAGUCUUUCUGUUGGCUAAAUAUACAAAUAUAAAACUUCAGCAUUUAAAGAAA